AUGAAUAGAGGAGGAUAUAAGUUCUUAGUCUAAGCCACUAUCUUGAAUGUUUAAUUAUUAGUACAUUUUCCAUGCAAGAUUUAAGUUGUCAUUAAAAAAGGUAUUCCAUAAUUUUUUAGUUAUUUUUAAGGUUCUUAAAAGUUUGAAACUUAGUAAAACUAUGAAUUACAAUAGGGAAUUGCUGUAAUCAAUGAAAUUCUGCAAUUUAAUAUAAAUACUUCUCUAUCAUAGAAUGGAAACUUAGAAGAAAAUAGAGUCUAAUUAGUUGUUAUAUUAGUGACAGAAAAAGGAUAGAAAAGUGCUGGUUUUCAUAACCUUGACUUCUCCUAAUAUUUGAAUUAAUAAAACGUAGGUACAAUAGAUUUGUUUUAAGAUUCAACUUAGAAUUUUAAGAAGCAUUAGCGUUAGACAAGUGUCCUGAUAAAAAAGCAAAAUUAUUGAUUAACUUUAAGAUUACUAGAAUUGCUGAAUUAGAGAAUGAGUAUUAUAUACAAUUUACAAUAGUGUUGAAACAAAUGAUUAAUCUUUAGAUUUCUCAUAAGUUUCUGUUAUCACUCCUGGUCCAGAAUCAUUUACUAAUAACAAUUAAUAAAAGACAACAGAGUCAAUUAUAUAACCUGAAAAAAAAUUAGAUGGUUCUGGAAUUAAAUAAAAGACACCAGAAAAUGAGAGCUAGUAAUUAAUAUAUAAAGAUAUCAAAAUUAAUGAAUAAAAUUUAUACAUAUAAUAACUUGAGAGUAAAAUUAAAGAAAUGGUUGAACAAGAAAUCCAUUAAGAUAUAAUAAAAAAAUAUGAAUACUAAUUAAAGGAUUAAGAAAAGAAAAAUUAAUUAAUUUAGGAUGAUAAUAAAUAAAUUAAUUAGUAAUUAUAAGCAUAAAGAAUUACUAUUGAAAAAUAAAAUGAAGAAUUAUCUAAACUUAAUAAAAAAAUUUAACAACUUGAUCCUAAAUCAAAAUCAGUUAAUUAUCAAUAAUCAGAAUAAAAUGAUGAAUAAAAUAAAUUAGAUUUACAAAAAAUAAACUAUGAAAAAGAAGAAUUACAAUAAUUAAAUGAGUCUUUAAAUUAACAAAUUCAUUAAUUUAAUUAAGAAAUUGAGACAUUGCAAAAUUAAAUCAAAGAAAAAAAUGAAUAAAUAUAAAAUAUGAAAAACUUAACAUCUGGAACUAUUUCUGCAUUACAAUAGAGAAAUUAACUAUUAGAGAAUCAAUUAAAUUAAUAAAUAGCAUUCAAUUUAAAAAAUGUAGAUGUAAUAUUUAUGAUUUUUAAUUUAGUAAUAACCCAUCAAUGUUAAUGAAAAUGAUAACUUAAUUGAUUAAUUGUAAUCAGCAUUAAAACUUAAAUAAUAAGAGUUUGAUCAUUUAAAAUAACAAUAUGAAUCAGAAUUGACAAAAAAAGAUGAAAUUGUUUAAAAUUUACAAUAAAAAAUGGAUGAAUCAUUUAGAAAAGAAUUUGAUUCUAAUAGAUAAAAUCAUGAAUCAAUGACUUAAAUUAUUUCAUCAGAAAAAUAAAUAGAUGAAAAAAAUGUUAGAUCUAAAUCAGAAUAAUAAAUAAAUAGAUUAAAAAACUAAAUAUAAAUAUGGUAAUCCAAAUAUGAAAGUAAUCUAAAAGAACUUAGCGAUUACAAUAAUGAAGUCUAAUACUUAUAGAGAUCAGUAGAAGAUGUGCCAAGUUUCUUAGAGGAUCAAAAAGAACUAAUAGAACCACUAUUAUUACUCAGAAGAGCCAUCUAAAGAAAGCUUCAGAAUUAUUAACUUACUCAAUAACACUUUGAGUCUAGAGUACAAUAAUUAGAAUAGGAAUUAGAAGUUUGUUAAUAUAAAUUGAAAUUGGAAUAAAGUUAAUAAGUAAUAUAAUAUUAAAUAUGGAGUGUUCUGAUUCGAAAUUUUAAUAGUAAACGUAUCCCUAGAAUGAUGAAAUCUCAAAGCUUAAUGAAACAUUGGAGUAGUAUGAUAUAUUACAUAAUUAUUAUAGAAAGAAUGAACAAUUGAGAAUUCUUCAAUAAUAGAUAGAUCAAUAAAAAAUACAGGAAUUUGAGACUUAAAAAUAAUCAGAAGAAGCAAAAGCCCAACUUGCUAGUAUGAGAACAAAUUUAGCCAAAUGUAAAUAGUAAUUAGCAGAGUCUAUGUAGGAGAAAGUUUUAUUAUAAGCCAAAAUAGCUGAGUAAUAAAAAGCUUUAAAAGAAAAAAAUUAAGAACUUCAAAAAGAACAGGAACUUAUUUCUGAACUUGAAUAAUAUAAUAUUUAAAUGGAAGAAGCACUAUCAUAAACUCUGGAUUAGUAUAAGUUAUAAAAUACAUAAAUGAAAUAAGCUUAUGAGAAAGAAAAAAAGCUUAGAUCAGAACUACAACUUUAAAUUAAAUCUUUAAAGGAAGAUUAAGCAAAAGUUUUAAAAGGUGAGUUACCUAAAACAAAGAUUGCUGAUGAAAAAUAAUAAUAAUGCAAUUGUAAAGAUAAAAUUUAAACUUAUGAGCAAAAAAUAGCAGAAUUAGAAUUUUAAUUAUCUGAUUUAUAAAUAUAGAGAUUAGAUAAAACUAUUUAAAGAAAUAGUAUUGCUUAAAUCAGAACAAGUAUAUUAGUUAGUCAUAGAGAAUCUUUGGCUUUUUAAUAAUUGGAAGAUGCAAAUAUUAAUAAUAAUAAAGGAAAUGAGGCUGUUAAAAUAGAAGAUCAAAAUUAAAAUUUAAUAGAUGAAAGAUUCAAAAUGUCAAAAGAGUACCAGACUAUUUUGGAAAGAGCUUUAUUAGCCAAUUCUUAGAUUGAGAAUAAAUAUAAGAAUUAAGUAAAUGAGUUAGAAGAAAAGAUUGAAAAAUAGGCAUAAUCCUUAGUCAAAAUGAAAUUAGAGAUUGCUGAUUUGUAUAGUGCAGCAAUUGAUAUUGGUGGAGCUAUUCUAGUAGAUAAGUUGUAAAUCGCCUUAGGAAUCAGAGAAUGA